CAUUCUUAACUCUCCAAUACUCUCUUGAAGCUAGUUCAAAAACCCUAGUAGCUAUGGAGAAAGCUGAGCUUAUUGAGGGCAAGACUGAUUGUAAGGGUAGAACUGCUAGGAAGGACAAACAUGGAGGAAUGCUAUCCGCUACACUUGUAUUAGCUGCCUUUGGAUUUGAGAACAUGGCGACACUUGCAAUGGCAGUGAACUUAGUGACCUACUUCAGUGGUGUGAUGCACUUUAACAUACCCCAAGCAGCUAACCAGCUAACCAACUACAUGGGUACUGCGUAUGUGCUCUCCAUUCUUGUGGCCUUCCUCGCAGAUACUUACAUCGGCAGAUUCAAUGCUGUUCUCAUCUCUGCAUGCUUCGAGUUUCUGGGACUUGUAUUACUAGCAGUGCAAGCUCACUUCCCCAAACUCAUACCACCUCCUUGUAACGUUUUCGAUCCAACUGCUCAAUGCACCCAAGUCGGUGGAGGCAAUGCUGUGCUCCUCUUUGUAGCAAUCUACCUAGUUGCUGCUGGUAGCGCAGGAAUAAAAGCGUCAUUGCCUACACAUGGUGCUGAUCAGUUCGAAGAAAAAGACCCUAAAGAGGCCAAUGAGAUGUCCAGCUUCUUCAACUGGCUCUUACUAGCUGUGUGCAUUGGUGGUGUUGUUAGUCUAACCUUUGUUGUGUGGAUGCAAGAUAACAAAGGUUGGGACUGGGGAUUUGGAAUAUCAUCCAUUGCCAUGUUGCUGGGGAUUACAAUCUUUGUCUCUGGAUUGCCACGCUAUAGGAUACAUGUUAUUCGAGGAAGUAGUGUCAUCGUUGAGAUCAUACAGGUGUAUGUUGCUGCUUUCCGCAAUAGGAAGUUUCGCCUUCCUGAGGAUUCAGAAGAGCUAUAUGAAAUCUACAGGGAUAAGGAAGCUGCAAUAGAAACAGAGUUUCUACCUCACACAAAUGCUAUGAGGUUUCUAGACAAAGCAGCAGUCGAAACAACUCUAAUACAAUAUCAAAGACCAGAAACUUUGAGUCCGUGGAAACUUUGCAGGGUCACUCAAGUAGAAAAUGCGAAAAUCAUCCUAGGCAUGGUUCCAAUCUUCUGUUCCACAUUUUUUAUGACCCUUUGCCUGGCUCAACUGCAAACCUUCUCUAUCCAACAAGGUCGAACCAUGGACACAAGUAUCACUAAAUCUUUCAAGAUCCCACCGGCUUCCCUCCCCAUCAUUCCCAUCGUCUUCCUUAUCAUUCUAGUCCCGGUCUAUGACCAAAUAGUUGUACCAUUUGCCCGUAGGAUCACUGGCCACCCCACCGGCAUAACUCACCUACAACGUGUUGGGGUUGGCCUUGUGCUCUCUUCCUUGUCUAUGGCAAUAGCUGGACUAAUGGAAGUGAAACGAAAAGAGGUUGCGAAAUCCCACAAUAUGCUUGAUGCGCUCCCAGUGGUCCAACCAUUGCCCAUUAGUGUUUUCUGGCUAUCAUUUCAGUACUUCAUAUUUGGUGUUGCUGACAUGUUUACAUACAUUGGACUUCUUGAAUUUUUCUACUCCCAAGCACCAAAAGGCCUAAAAUCCAUGUCUACUUGCUUUUUGUGGAGCUCGAUGGCUGUUGGGUAUUUUCUAAGCACCAUUAUCGUAAACAUAGUGAACAGUGCGACAAAGCGAAUAACCAACAGUGGAGGUUGGUUGGCAGGAAACAAUCUUAACAAAAACCAUUUGAAUCUAUUCUACUGGUUGCUUUCUAUAUUGAGUUUGGUUAAUUUCUUUGUCUAUUUGUUCAUUGCUAAAAGGUACAACUAUAGGCAACUAAGUACCAAGGUUUCAAGUGAGGACAACAAUGAGCUAAAAUAAAGAGACCACACUGAAUGACAUUGAACAUUAUGUUGUUCAUGUUUGUUUUCUUUUUUAUUCGUUUUGUGUUUGUUUGGUGCUGAUGUAGAGUGUAUGAAGGCAACUUCAUUGUUUCUACUAGGAAGAUUUGAUCACAACAAAUGUAUUACUCUAUAAAUGUAGCAGUGUCAAUCUCAUCAUUUCCAUUGUUACGUUAAAGGGUUACUUCGUUUGAAUUGAAUGUUUUCAAGAAAUAAAAAGAAAAAAAGAGUAAAUUA